AUACGUCCUCCAUCGUGAGAAAAAUGCCACAAGAGCAUGUCAAACAACCCGAAAAAAAUUACUUGAGCAAUUUCUUGCACAAAUCAGUAGAUGGUGGUGUUGCAGCAGAACUAAAAAAAAAAAAAAAUGGAGCGGUUACGUCACCGCCAGUGCAGACGCAUUUGGCCACGCCCUCUUAGCUGUUUGUGUCCGGGCAGACUCCAGCGCUAUCCAGAGCCGCUCCAGCAGCAUUCCCCACAGUCCUGCUAUUGAACCGUGACAGCUCAGUAUUAUAAUAUGGUUUGUGGCGGUUUUACCUGCUCCAAAAAUGCGCUUUGUUCUCUUAACGUGGUUUACAUGAUGGUGGGGCUGCUGCUCAUCGCAGUGGCAGCAUGGGGGAAAGGUUUCGGCCUGGUGUCCAGCAUCCACAUAAUAGGAGGCGUCAUAGCAGUGGGCGUGUUCCUGCUGCUGAUCUCAAUUGUGGGACUCAUCGGAGCCAUCCACCACCACCAAGUCAUGCUUUUCUUCUACAUGGUCAUCCUCUUCAUUGUUUUCUUGUUUCAAUUUGGAGUUUCCUGUUCCUGCUUAGCAAUGAACCGAGGGCAGCAGGAAGUGCUUCUGAAAUCAGCCUGGGGGAUCCUGGAGAACAACACUAAGACAGACCUGGAGAGCCAGCUGAACUGCUGCGGGCUGCUCAACGUCACCGGUAGCACAUUUGAGAAGGAUUUGAUCAACUGUGUUGCUCCGUGCAAGCUAAAACGUAGCUGUCCCACCUGCGGGGAAAAGAUGCUGAAUCAUGCAACUGAGGUCCUGAAAAUCCUCGGCGGCGUCGGCCUCUUCUUCAGCUUCUCAGAGAUUCUGGGCGUGUGGCUGGCCGUGCGCUACAGGAACCAGAAGGAUCCACGGGCGAACCCGAGCGCCUUCCUAUAGUCGGCCCAACUUUGCAAUGCAGCAAACACACUUUCAGACACACUGGUACACAUCUUAUGACACACAUGUAGAGGCACGCUUUAACAUUCACACACAAAGCCACACACACCCUCAACGACAGAAUGGACGAGCGCACUCAGCACCUGACAUCGCCGAAGAACAAAACGCACACCGUCACCAGAGACUGAGGAACCGCAGAGACCGGUUCAGAGCUGAAGCUGGAAGUGUACUCGUGCAUGAAAGGGUUAUUUCUCCAACCGACAGGUGGGACCUGUUCGGCCUUGAUUUGAGUACCAGGUUUCCUGACUGCAGCUUGAUUAGUUGGCGAGACAUCUUUGCAUGUGCCCCCCCCCACACACACACACCAACGGCCUUUUCGUUCAUCACCCCAACUUCUGACAGUCCAACCAAGAACUCGUAUGCACCUUGAACUUCCUGUUGUCUUUAGUGUAGUGCCACCUCCUACCAACAGUGAUUUUGUACCUGGUGUGGUGACGGGGGAGCGCGGCGCAGCCUCAGCACGUGGUGUGAAGUCGUUUUUGAAGUGUAUAUCUUUAAUGUAAAUCUGUUUUUUUGGAUGUAGGACUUUUAGUUCAUGUAGUUGCUUGACGGUUUCAAAUAGUGGGGAACUGAGCCAGCCAACCUCCAGACCGCGACAUUCACCCGCCACAGACUGCAGCCUUGAUGUUGUAAAUAAUCAUCCUUAUAAUGGUGUGUUUCAAACACGUCCCUCUCCAGGUGGAGGAGAGUUAAGCUGGAAGAUUUGCAGGGUUGAAGCUCUUGGUGCCGUCACACACCUUACCUGUGUUUAUCAUGUUCUGUGUCACCCAGUGACCUUUGCUUAGUGUAGAUCCCACUGUUAGAAAGGCGUAACUGGAGAGAAAAACCAUAAAGUUGUGAUAUAACCUUCAUGAUUCUCAGUUAGAAAAAAAUCCUCUAGAUCUGACUUUAACAUGUUUUUAUUUCAGCAUUAAUUGCUACAAAUUAUUUCUUUUGUUUUUUUGCUUCCAAAAAUUCAGAUUUUGUGCUAGUUUAGUUGUGUUGCCAUCGCCUGUCUAUCAGUGUUAAUGCUUUGUAAAUUAAGCUCAUUAAAUAUGUUCAGGGUUUAUUUAAGUCGUAUGCACAUUGAAAACGAGUCUGUUUUCAUAUGAUUUUGCUCCGUAUUUGAUGUCUUUUGUUGCAAAUAAUUUGCUGAGGUAUUUUAACAAUGUGUUUCUUGUCUUAUAAAUUGCUUUUACCUUUUGAGAACUAACCUGAUCCGUCAUGACAAAAGUCAUUUUGUUUGAAGCUGUGAUCUUUGCCGGUGUGGAGUCCCUGCUGCUGGUUUGGCGUAAGUGCAACAUUUGACGGAUCUCAUAUCAUGUGACACCUUACAUUGAAUUUGUGUGCACUUGUUUUUGAACUGUAUUUUUAAUUUUCCAAAUAUUAAACUCUUAAAUUAAAAA